AUGAACAUCACAAGUAUUCAAAGUUUGUUCCAAAAAGUUUGCGUCCCUGUUGCAUUGAUCAUUAACAUCAUUUUAAUUCUACUAAUUUGGCACAAGUCUUCAAAAGCCAUUGGCUUCUACAAAUAUCUGAUGAUGUACAUUUCAGUUUUCGAGAUUUUUUACGCGUCCAUUGAUAUGCUAGCUGCUCCCGAAUUGUUUAGUUAUGAUUCCAUCUUUGUUGUUAUAACUUCGUCAAAAGAGAUCCUCGUUCCUGAAUUCAUUCAAAAACCAAUUACUAACAUAUUUUGCACCAUGUUUGGCGUGUCAGUGGCAAUGUUUGUUAUUCAUUUCAUCUAUCGAUAUUUGGCGAUAACGAGGAGUCCUUUACUCAAACCUUCUGCAAAGUUGGCAAUUUGGUUUUUGAUUCCAAUUUUCUACGGAGUUAUCUGGUCAACUGUGCUAAUCGCCUCAUUCCAGCCUGCAGAGAACACUGACAGAGUUUUAAUGGUCAGAUAUCUGCUUGAACGUGACCUAACGUUGUCAGAUAUAACAUAUAUCAGAUUCAAUUAUUGGCUUGAUGAUGGUUAUGACAAUGACAGCAAAACUUUAAACUUACAUGCACUGAUUGGAAUGACUAUUUUAAUGGCUCUGGUCAGUUCCAUACUUACUAUAUUUAUUUUCGUGAGAUUGUGCUAUAGCAAAAUGGACUCUUUAAUUCAAAUUUCGAGCAACUCCGCACAGUACCGCUCACUUCAGAUGCAGCUCUUGAACUCUUUAGUCGGGCAAGCACUUAUUCCAGUCUUCUUGAUGCUCGUUCCUGCUUGUAUGGCCUUUAUCUCCCCAUACAUUAAUAAAGGAAAUGAAAUGAUUGGAUGUCUACUUGGAAUCACAAUUCCACUGUACCCCACUCUGGAUCCACUUCCAACAAUUUUUGUGAUAAAAAAUUACCGAGAUGCAAUAUGCCGUAGGUUUUUUUGA